UUAGAUAAUUGAGUUUAGGGCAAAGAUAGAGUGAUGUCAUUUUCUGGUCUCUUUCUCAGGUAUCCAAGCGAUGCAGAUAAACACCUCUUGGCUCGACAGACCGGUUUAUCCAGAAAUCAGGUGUCAAAUUGGUUCAUUAAUGCUAGGGUUCGUUUAUGGAAACCAAUGGUGGAAGAAAUGUAUCAACAAGAAUCAAAAGAAAGAGAAAGAGAAGAGGAAUUAGAAGUUAACGAAGAAGAUCAAGAAACAAAAAACAGCAACAACGACAAGAGCACGAAAUCCAACAACAAUGAAAGCAACUUCACUGCCUCUCGGACCACUUCACAAACUCCAAUAAUAACCGCACCAGACGUAUCAGAUGCAGACGCAGACGCGGCAGUAGCAGUAGCGACAGGCCACCGUCUAAGAUCCGACAUUAAUGCUUACGAAAACGACCCUUCAUCACUUCUACUCCCUUCCUCUUAUUCCAACGCCGCCGCUUCGUCUGCCGACUUGGGUUCUCGUUACGGUGGUUCAGCCGCGUUUUCCGCGGUUGCCACCUGUCAACAAGGUGUUGGCGGGUUCGAUGAUGAUGCUGACAUGGGUGGUGUUAACGUUAUAAGGUUUGGGACAAACCCUACCGGUGACGUGUCACUCACGCUUGGUUUACGCCACGCUGGGAACAUGCCUGAUAAGGACCCUUCUUUUUGCGUUAGAGACUUUGGGGGUUUUUAGUUUGCUCUUUUUCUUAACUCCAUUUAAUUAAUUAUAGUCUCCAUUUUUCAUUUUCACCUUUUUAAAUGAAAAUUCUAUUUAGCCUUUUUAAAAGAUUAAUACUGUACUUUUAGUUUAGCCUUUAUUUUUAUUUUCUCUAUCUCGUUAACUAUUUGUAAAUCCCUUCUCAAAUUACAAUUGUACAACAUUUUGUUCA